GCCCUUCCGGCGGGGCAGGGAGGGGGCCGCUGGGUACGCGCAGGGCGGCGGGGGCAGCAUGGCGGAAGACGAGAGCGACCAGGAGGCGGAGCGCCUCAGCGAGGAGCUGGAGGCCCUGGCGCCGCCGGGCCCGCCGCCGCCGCUGGGCAGCCAGGCCUACUGCCGCCGCUUCUGUCAGGUUGUUGAAGACUAUGCUGGAAGAUGGCAGGUUCCUUUGCCUCAGCUUCAGGUGCUUCAAACGGCUCUCUGUUGUUUCACGUCUGCCUGUGUAUCAUUUCCAGCUGAAUGUGAGCACGUACAAUAUGUAUUGAGUAGCCUAGCUUUGAGUUUUUUUGAAUUGCUGCUGUUCUUUGGAAAGGAUGAGUUCUAUGAAGAUCCUUUGAAAGAUAUUUUAGGUUCAAUCCAGGAAUGUCAGAACCUUCUAAAUAGAUACAGAAAUAUGAACCUGGAACUAGUGACUCGAAUCAUUCGAGAUGGUGGACCAUGGGAGGAUCCAGUAUUACAAGCAAUUCUUAAAGCAAAGCCUGUAUCACAGGACUUAGUUAACAAAUAUUUAAGCUCUGAAAAUCCACUGUUCUUUGAACUACGUGCCAGAUACCUUAUUGCCUGUGAACGCAUCCCUGAGGCAAUGGCUCUUAUCAAAUCUUGCAUAAAUCAUCCAGAUAUCAGUAAAGAUCUGUAUUUCCAUCAAGCUCUUUUCACCUGUCUUUAUAUGUCACCAUUAGAAGAUCAGCUAUUCCAGGAGCACUUGUUGAGGACUGAUUGCAAGAGUGGAAUUGAGAUCAUCUGCAACACUGAAAAAGAAGGGAAGACUACCUUAGCCUUACAACUAUGUGAAUCGUUCCUAGUCCCACAGCUCCAAAAUGGGGACAUGUAUUGUAUAUGGGACCUGAUCUUCAUUUGGAGUAAACUACAGCUUAAAUCUAACCCCUCAAAACAAGUAUUUGUCGACCAGUGCUACCAGCUUUUAAGAAUUGCUACAAAUGUUAGAGUAAUUUUUCCUUUCAUGAAAGUCAUUAAGGAUGAAGUCGGUGAGGAUGGUCUUCAGAUAUGCGUUGAGAUAUGUGGAUGUGCCCUGCAGUUGGACCUCCGUGAAGAUCCCAGUAUGAAAAGUCUUAUUUACAAAGCAAUUGCUCACUUUCUGCCAAAUGACUUGGAGAUCCUCAGAAUCUGUGCGCUUUCAAUCUUUUUUCUUGAACGCACCUUGGAAUCUUACUACACUGUUGAACAUUUAUAUAAAUGUGCGGAUGAAGAAUACAAUGAAUGCACUAGUUCUGUUCAAAACCGUGUGCGUUUUGAAUUGCUUCCAAUUUUGAAAAAAGGUCUGUUUUUUGAUCCUGAGUUUUGGAAUUUCUUGAUGAUCAAGCAGAAUUGUUUAGCAUUACUGGGGGAUAAAGCCUUUGUUGGCGUAAGUGAAAGUACACUGGAAAACUCUACUGCAAAUGUAGAGAAGCUAACAGAGUACAAGGCUCUGAGUGAGGAGCAUGUCUGUCCAGCAGAUGUAAGCAAUGGGGAGCUUGACUCUGAAGACCUGUCUGAAGCCCAGUCCAAAGGUAAUGCCAAAAAGAACCAUGAAGCUCCAGAGGCAUCUAAAAUGUUGGAUAAUACUGUACCAAGCCACCGCUGUGUGAUAUGCAACAAGGAAUUCCUUGGUGAUCACAUUGUGAGACAUGCACAAGCUCACCAAAAAAAGGGCAGUUUUUCCUGUGUACUUUGCACCAGAAAGUUCAGGCAAAAGGGACUUAUGCUGAAGCACUUAAAGAAUCAUGUCAGAAAGAUAGAAAGGCAACAUCUUGCUGCAGUUCUUGAGGCUGAUCAGCAGGCCCCUGUUUUAAAUGAACUAGAAUGUUCUGAUGUUUCUCUCUCUCUUGAAAAUGGGAAUUCUGGUGUUUCUAAAGAAGAGGAACCAGAGAUUGCAAUAGCUCCAAGUGCAGUUGCAGAAGAGGAGAAUGUUGAACAGGUAUUUGAUGCAGUAGAAAACCAUCUAAGUGACCAGGAUGAUGUUACCGAAAACAGUAGUUGCGACAGCUGUUUUAAUAAUAUUCCUGAUGCUUUAAGUACAGAAAGUUUGCCUGAAGAUGAUGAGAGCUCCAGUAAAGAGUCACCUAUUCUACAUAAAGUGAAUGGAGCUUUUUGUUCUCAAAAAGACAUUGAUGCUAUGGAUCAGGAAGGAAGCUUUAAGUGCCCUGCUAAUGGUUGUGCUAGAGUGUUUAAAAAGAUAAGAUUCCUCAAUAAACACGCAAGAAAAGCUCAUCCAACUGAUUUGAAGGUGCAGCAACACAUAAUGAAAUGGAAUAAAGGAAAAUGUCGGUUCUGUCAGAGAAAAUUUGCUGAUUCCCAACAUUUUAUAGACCACCUGAAGAGACACGUGUAUCCAAAUGUUUACUUUUGUUUACACUUUAAUUGUAAUCAGAGAUUUAAGCUGUCAACUGAGCUUGCAGAGCAUACAAAAAGUCAUAAUGUUUUUAAAGCUCAGUGUAAUUUUGCAGAGUGCUGUGAGCUAUUUGAGGAGCUCCCUUUGCUGUAUGAACAUGAGGCUCAACAUUAUUUAAAUAAAACUCCAGAAUGCUCAGAAGACGCAAGUGAAAAAGAUUCUUCAGAUGACCCUUCAGAACUUUGUAGUUAUCAAGAUGAUGACGAAUCCAUUAAUGAAAAAGAAACCGUAGAUUUACCAAUUCCAACUUGGAAGGCAAGGAAGGAUUCUACAGAACCAAAGACAUACAUUCAAAGUGUAGAGAAAAAAGCAAACAAUGUAAUCCAGAAUGGAAAUGAAAGUUCAUCUGAGGGGAGUGCUACAGUUCCGAUAGACCAAAAGACACCUGUGUUACAGCCAAAUCCUGAGAACUGUAAUGCUGUCAGUGACCAACUAGUCAAUGGGCACAGCGACCCGGAUCAGACAUCAUCAAAGUCAUCAGAAACACCUUUGGACAGAGUGGCAGAUGAAACAAGGACAGAGAAUGGGUCGGUGUUACCUGUUUUACAGAACUGUCACGAUAUACCACAGAAUAAUGCUGCUGCCUCACAGUUACCUUCUAAACCAAAUCAGACAGAGAAUACUUCAUAUGGUGUCAUCUUAACAAAACCAUAUGUUAGACCCUUGCCUCCAAGUUACCUUGAUGAACGAUACAUUAGUAUGCCAAAACGUAGAAAAAUGUUGACUGAUAAAGUAGAUGCUCACUCUGAACAAGACAAAUUUUGUAGCAAAUCAACAGAAAGAUUUAGAUGUGGCAACUGCUUGACCAUCUACUGUAAUUCAGAAGCACUUGAGGCUCACCUUGCACAAAAGAAGUGUCAGACGCUCUUUGGAUUCGAUUCAGAUGAUGAAAGUGCCUGAUUCAACAUUGUGGGAAAAUGUAUCAAACAAGGAGUGGUGUCAGAACACUACACGAAGAAGCAGCAGUUUGUUUCCCAGUUGGCCUUAAAUCAUAAAGCAGUCUCAAAUUACUAAAGAAAAA